AUGUCGAGCCCAUCUGCAUUAUCUUAUAAUGAAACGCAAGAACCAAUGGAUAUAUUGUCUGGUGAUGAAGCUCAGGAACUAAUGUAUAUGUUGUCUUGUGAUGAAGCUCAGGGGCUGACAAGCAUGGCUUACGAUGAAUUUAAUGAUAAUGAAUCAAUAUCUGCAAAAGCUGUUAGUAAAUCUUCUAAAUAUACAAG